CGGAAUUUAAAUUAGAUUGAAAUUGUAAGAGAAGUUGAAGGAGAGAGAAAAAAGAAGAGAGAGAGAGAGAACAUGGGUCUCUGCUUUGGUUGCUUCGGCGCAGACAAGCGCAUGAGCAAGGAAGAAGAGAGGUUGGCCUCUGAAGAAGCGCGUGCUAAAGCUGCUGAAGCGGCACAGAAAAGACAAGAGCAAUUUGAGAAAUCUGCAGCAGGACGAGCUGCACGUGCACAGCAACAGGCAAUGGCAAAGCAAUCUGCAAACUCCAACAAAGGCGAACCAGUUCUAAAGGUUUGGAGAUUCGACACGCGUUAUUUCUUGAGAACUAUUAUAUUAGGGAUUUGAUACUGCCAUUAAUCUCAUACGUGUUUACUAUGAAUCGGAUAUUUUCGUUGCUCUUAUUCUGAGUUUGUUGAAUAAUUUUGGUAUUUCCCUUAAAAAUGUCAUUUCCCUGUAAUUACUGCUUUUCUUGCCUGUGCUUUUUGAACUAACAACCUUGACAUAAUAAGUUGUACCUACCAUUUACUACUAUAUCUCAAUGUUUUGGUUCUUUUCCAUUGGUGACUGCAGUGGCAAAGCUGGGUUGAGGUUAGGCACUCUGUGGAAUCACUUUUUAUUAGGUGGUAGGUGACUAAUCCAUCUGAUGAAUUCUUCUUUGUCCAUUUUAAGUUGGAUUAUGAAAACUAUUUAGUUUGAGUUCCAAUAAAAUAUCGCAGAUUUAUUUGAAGAUACCUACCAAUUAACCACAUAUUACUCUAUAUAAAAAAUCAUAGAAACGUAAACAAUAAAACUGAGUUUAGGCAUAUUUUGGAUUAAAUCAAUUUGGGAAAAAGGUGGGGUAUAGCCUAUUGUGAACCGACGAAACUGUUUUUAGUCUCAUUUCUUGGCUGUAAACAAUAUUUGCAUAAACAGAAGUUUAAAGUCUAUGUACUGCAGCUCACUUCAAUAAAAUAUUAAUUGGAAUAUUUUUUUUUUCUGGAACAUUCUGUUCAAGCAUUCCAUAUGUAGUAAUAUAGCAGUAUCUGUAAAGGGCUACUCAACUACACCACUGACCACUUCAUCAAAAUAUAUAGUGACAGAACAUGUAUUAUUUUUGUAUGGGGUAAUUUGGAAAGUAUUUUGAAGGACCAAAAAUUUAAAAUGCAAGGGGGAGGGUAGCAAAUGAGUUGGUUACUGAUUUAGAUCUUCUCAGUAAAUACAUUCCAGUUUUACUGGAGUAAACAUAUCAUAUAGAGAUCUGCCACUGAGCCACUUGUAUUUUUUGCACCAUAUAUUGUUAAAGUAGAGACCAAUAUCAAGUACCGUUUUACUUCUCAUACUGCAAAUGUCUCUUCAUGGAUGCGAUAAUUGUCUCAUUAGUUUUCGUUUCUUGUGUAACAGUAUUGAUGACAGAUCCAAUCAAAAUUCUACCCGCAGCAUGUUUCCCUUGUUUGGAAGAUGUAAAGAUAUUUACAGCAAUAAUUUUAUCUUAAGUGUAAUUUGUUGUUUUCCAGACCAAGAAAAAUAGUGAGUGUAAAUUUGUAAAGAAAUCGUGGUAGCUGGAAAAGUUGAGAUGGCUGUUUGUUUUUCUUCCCUUGCAUGAAAUUCAGCAACUCCAUUUACUUUCUAUAA